AUGGCAGAGCGGCCUGAAGAUCUCAACUUGCCUCUCUCUGUUGUUACUCGCAUCGUCAAAGACGCCCUUCCAGAUGGCGUCAACGUUUCGAAGGAAGCACGGGCAGCGUUGGCCAAAGCGGCAAGCGUGUUUGUACUCUACACCACUUCCUGUGCCAACAACUUCGCAUUGAAAAGCAAAAGGAAGACGGUGACUGGCUCCGAUAUCAUAUCGGCGAUGGAGGAGAUGGAAUUCGAGAGUUUCAUCGACACACUCAGUGGAAACCUGGAACAGUUCCGUCAAGGGAAGACGAAAAAGGACGCUAACCGAGCUAAAAAGCAACAAGGUGUUGGUGACUUGGUCUCAGCUGGCGAUACCGAGAUGGGAGACGAUUGCGAAGUCGAUCCAGGUGAUGAAGCGAGCUGA